AAUAUGGCUGCGUCCAUGUAAUUUGUUACUUGAUGGAGGAACCACAUAUAUACAUGCAUGCAUAUUUGACACAGAUAGCGGUGCGCGAUGUUUAGCUCAUUGAGACUACAUGGAACACGAUUUCCAAAUACCAAGUUCGCUCGAUUUAAAAGUAAAUCAAGCAGUAAAAGAUAUUCGGAUACUCUCAAUCUACCGAAAAGUGAUCUUGCUGCAACCUCUAAAAGCGGGAAGGCUGUGAAGAGAGAAGUACACAUCCAAGAGGCAUGUGGUUUUGAUAAACUAUAUGAAUGGCAAAAAGCCCAAGAUAGAGACAAGGAUUUUGUCCUCCAUGAUGGUCCACCAUAUGCAAAUGGAAAACCUCAUGUUGGUCAUGCUUUGAACAAGAUACUGAAGGACAUCACCAAUAGGUACAAACUCCUGAAGGGUUACAAAAUACAUUAUGUACCUGGCUGGGACUGUCAUGGACUGCCAAUAGAGCUCAAAGCUCUGAAAGGAAAAGAUGGCACUAAUAAGAAAAUGGCUCCUUUGGAAAUUAGGAAAAAGGCAAAACAGUUUGCAGAGGAAUCCGUACAAGUACAAAGUAAAGCAUUCCAGAGUUGGGGUAUUAUGGCCGACUGGAAAACAUCUUGUUACCACACAACUGACCGGGACUUCCAGGCCAGAGAGUUGGACCUAUUCUACACACUGUAUCAAAAAGGUUUGGUGUAUGAAGAUUUCAUGCCAGUCUACUGGUCCCCAUCCUCUAGGACUGCUUUAGCUGAGGCUGAACUUGAGUAUAAUCCAGGUCAUGUCAGCCAGGCGGUAUACCUCAAGUUUCCCAUCAUCUCAUCAUCUCUGACUGCUCUCAACCUCAGCAAAAACAGGAAUGUGUACGCUGUGAUAUGGACAACAACACCAUGGACACUACCUGUCAAUCAGGCUAUCUGUUACAGUGACGGUCUUACGUACUGUUUACUAGAAGACCGCAGCACUGAGGACGUGUAUAUUUGUGAGAAAGUCUUUGUGGAGAAAUUUGUCAACAUGCUGUGUAAACCCCUGACUGUCAUAGAUGAGGUUAAAGGAAGUUUGUUAAAGGGGGCCCAGUAUAAUCACCCUCUGACCACUGAGGUUCUGCCAUUCCUGCCGGCCAAUCACGUCUUAUCUGGAAAAGGGACUGGAUUUGUCCACACUGCCCCCUGUCAUGGCCAUGAUGACUUCAAAGUAGCCAUCAACAACGAUAUCAAAAUAAAAAGUAUUGUUGAUGAUGAAGGAGUUUAUACUGAAGAGGCUGGUCCCAGUCUGCAGGGGAAAACGGUGGGGAAGGAUGCUGACAGUACAGUGAUUGAGAUGAUGAAGGACAGUAUCAUCCAUCAAUCUGCCUAUCAGCACAGCUACCCAUAUGAUUGGCGGACCAAACUUCCAGUCAUCAUCAGGGCGAGUAAACAGUGGUUUAUCAACACCAACAAAAUCAAGGAUCGAGCUGUGGAAAGUUUGAAUUCAGUCCGCAUUACUCCCAAGGCUUCGGAACACGGCAUGUUGGCACAGUUGGGCGAUCGUACAUACUGGUGUAUCUCACGUCAGCGAGCUUGGGGGCUUCCCAUACCUGUGUUUUACCACAAAGUCACAGGCAAGGUUCUCGUCAACAGUCACACUAUAGAACACCUCAAGAAACUGUUUACUGAACACGGCAGUGACUGCUGGUGGUCAAUGUCCGAAGAACAUCUUCUACCCAAGGACAUGCUUGACCAGAUGGGAGCUAGCUGGUCAGAUUACACCAAGGGAGAGGAUAUUCUCGACAUAUGGUUUGACAGUGGAUCAUCGUGGUCUGUACUUCAUAAAGAUGGUAUAAAGAGAGCUGACCUUUACCUGGAGGGGUCAGAUCAAUUUGGAGGCUGGUUCCAGUCCUCACUUCUGACAAGUAUAGCUACAAACGACAUCCCUCCAUACCGGCAGCUCGUUGUACAUGGAUUUGCUGUAGAUGAAGAAGGCAAAAAAAUGUCAAAGUCCAUUGGGAAUGUGGUAGAUCCUGACACAGUGAUACAUGGUGGGAAAAAUCAAGAUAAGGAACCAUCCUAUGGUGUGGAUGUUUUGAGGUGGUGGACUGCUCAGGCCCAACUACAACCCAUGGUGCUGAUUGGUCCAUCUGUAUUACAGAGGUGUAAUGAAGAUUUGUUCAAGAUUAGGAAGGUGAUGAAGUUUGUGCUGGGAAAUAUCCAUGAUUUUGAGUCUGACAUGUUGGUGCCUUAUGAGGAGCUCUGGCCACAAGACAAAUACAUGCUCUACCAACUCUACAAUUUAGCUGAGGAGGUGACACAAUCUUACGAUGAUUUCCGCUAUGGAAAAGUACUGGGCCUUUUGGAAAAAUUCACCAAUGUAGAUCUGUCAACUUUCUAUUGUACUAUCAUCAAAGACAGAAUGUACUGCACAUCAGCUGAGGACAAGAUCAGAAGGUCGGCUCAGACAGUACUGUAUCAUGUCACCAAUGUGUUUAUGAAGUCUUUAGCUCCCAUCAUACCACAUUUAGCCGAGGAGGUACACCAGCACAUGUCAUCUACAGAGGAGACCAGUGUGUUCAAGUCUGGCUGGUUUACCUUAGACCCAGUGUGGGCAGAUCGUGCCAUUCUUAACUUCAUGCAGCCAGUCCUUAGUAUGAAGGAGGACAUUGAUUAUGCUGCUGAUGUAGACAGACCCGUGGAAUACGACCUCACUCUCUACUGUAGUCACAAUCUUCAUAAUAUCCUCCAGAAAUUCCAGUCAGAAGUGUCGUCUGCUACUUCACCACUGACAGAGAUUUUACAGACAUCCUACACACACCUAACAACCAUCGCCCCCGAUGUUGUUCCUGACGACUGUAUUGUCCUCAAUGGAGCUAGUAAGGUUUCUGUUAUUGAAGGUGUGAAGGAGCCGGAGGAGUACGUGUUGCUGUUGUCACCGGCGACAAAACAAAUCUGUGAACGAUGUCGCCGUUACACUGCUGAUAAACUGAAAUCUCCAUGUGAACGUUGCUUGUCGGUUUUAUCUAAUGGUUGGGCAUGAAGUAAUCAUUGACUGUACCUACCUAAGGAUGUGUUUGUUACUGAGAAUGCAUACUACACAGAAAUGGAAAGGAUGACAGACAGUCCUAGAUAGAAGCUUGCUGCCAUGAUGAAAUGGGAUAUCCUUUCUGUCCUAGACAGGAGAAUGUCUCACAUUAAUCAAAUGGGAGACAAUAAUAUUUGGAGAAAUAUUUUUUCUCUUGCUGCAGAUACAUAUAAUGUAUCAACUAUGUAGUUUAUAUGACAAAUUACCAAAACAUUUAGCAUACAACACAUAUCUACCUGCUUUAUCUAUGUUGUUUACUCGGGACAAAAUACCUUUUACAUUACUGCCUGGGUUUUUAUGAAAAAAGACCUGUUAAGUCCAGUUAUAAAGGGACAGAGUUUAUCACUUACCUUGCUGUUUUUACUGGUAUUAUCAGGUAACCUAGUUUAUGGAGGUAGUACUGCUUCAUUCUGUUCUGGAGUGGGCAUAUUACUGGGCAUUAGUUGAUCACUGAGGAAGAGAUGUAAACUAGAGGAUGGACUUGUUACUGGGCAUGAAUUGAUAGAGAUGUAAACUAGAGGAUGGGUUUGUUACUGGGCAUGAAUUGAUAGAGAUGUAAACUAGAGGAUGGGUUUGUUACUGGGCAUGAAUUGAUAGAGAUGUAAACUAGAGGAUGGGUUUGUUACUGGGCAUGAGUUGAUAGAGAUGUAAACUAGAGGAUGGGUUUGUUACUGGGCAUGAGUUGAUAGAGAUGUAAACUAGAGAAUGGACUUGUUACUGGGCAUGAAUUGAUAGAGAUGUAAACUAGAGGAUGGGUUUGUUACUGGGCAUGAAUUGAUAGAGAUGUAAACUAGAGGAUGGGUUUGUUACUGGGCAUGAGUUGAUAGAGAUGUAAACUAGAGAAUGGACUUGUUACUGGGCAUGAAUUGAUAGAGAUGUAAACUAGAGGAUGGGUUUGUUACUGGGCAUGAAUUGAUAGAGAUGUAAACUAGAGGAUGGGUUUGUUACUGGGCAUGAAUUGAUAGAGAUGUAAACUAGAGGAUGGGUUUGUUACUGGGCAUGAGUUGAUAGAGAUGUAAACUAGAGGAUGGGUUUGUUACUGGGCAUGAGUUGAUAGAGAUGUAAACUAGAGAAUGGACUUGUUACUGGGCAUGAAUUGAUAGAGAUGUAAACUAGAGGAUGGGUUUGUUACUGGGCAUGAAUUGAUAGAGAUGUAAACUAAAGGAUGGGUUUGUUACUGGGCAUGAAUUGAUAGAGAUGUAAACUAGAGGAUGGGUUUGUUACUGGGCAUGAGUUGAUAGAGAUGUAAACUAGAGAAUGGACUUGUUACUGGGCAUGAAUUGAUAGAGAUGUAAACUAGAGGAUGGGUUUGUUACUGGGCAUGAAUUGAUAGAGAUGUAAACUAGAGGAUGGGUUUGUUACUGGGCAUGAGUUGAUAGAGAUGUAAACUAGAGAAUGGACUUGUUACUGGGCAUGAAUUGAUAGAGAUGUAAACUAGAGGAUGGGUUUGUUACUGGGCAUGAGUUGAUAGAGAUGUAAACUAGAGGAUGGACUUGUUACUGGGCAUGAAUUGAUAGAGAUGUAAAUUAGAGGAUGGACUUGUUACUGGGCAUGAGUUGAUAGAGAUGUAAACUAGAGAAUGGACUUGUUACUGGGCAUGAAUUGAUAGAGAUGUAAACUAGAGGAUGGACUUGUUACUGGGCAUGAAUUGAUAGAGAUGUAAACUAGAGGAUGGACUUGUUACUGGGCAUGAAUUGAUAGAGAUGUAAACUAGAGGAUGGACUUGUUACUGGGCAUGAAUUAAUAGAGAUGUAAACUAGAGGAUGGGCUUGUUACUGGGCAUGAGUUGAUAGAGAUGUAAACUAGAGGAUGGACUUGUUACAGGGCAUGAGUUGGAGGAGAUGUAAACUAGAGGAUGGACUUGUUACAGGGCAUGAGUUGGAGGAGAUGUAAACUAGAGGAUGGGCUUGUUACUGGGCAUGAGUUGGAGGAGAUGUUAAUUAGAGGAUGGACUUGUUACUGGGCAUGAGUUGAUAGAGAUGUAAACUAGAGGAUGGACUUGUUACUGGGCAUGAGUUGAUAGAGAUGUAAACUAGAGAAUGGACUUGUUACUGGGCAUGAGUUGAUAGAGAUGUAAAUUAGAGGAUGGGCUUGUUAUUGGGCAUGAGUUGGAGGAGAUGUAAACUAGAGGAUGGGCUUGUUACUGGGCAUGAUUAGAAAGAGAUGUAAACUAGAGGAUGGGCUUGCAUGUUACUGGGCAUGAGUUGAUAGAGAUGUAAACUAGAGGAUGGGCUUGUUACUGGGCAUGAAUUGAAAGAGAUGUAAACUAGAGGUUGAGGUCAUUACUGCACAGGAGUUGAAAGCGAUGUAAACUAGAGGGUGAACUUAUAUUUCGGGACGUGAGUUGAUCACCUGUAAAAGCUGUUUGUCUAGGGAGCAGGCUUAUUACUGAGCAACAUCCUCUUAUUAGUGAAUAGAUCUAUUGUACCAUACUGUUUGCAUUAAGUUUAUUUACUCUAUCAGUAUUUUGUUUUUGUAUACAUAGUGCUGUUUGUUACAACUGAAUUAAAGGAAUUUGAAAUGUU